ACACACCACUGUGCACGUGUACCGCUGUAUUGCCGUCCUGUCACCAGCAACCCCGAUUGGCCCUACGUCAUUACCAAAUUCGCUGGGCCAACGGCGGCCGAGGACAACACUGAAAUCGCAGCAGGCCCUCCAUCACCUGUGAACCCGUGACAAAACAUCCCGAGCCCGCUUCUAGGCGCUUCUCUACCUUCAACGACUUCACCUGUCUCUAUACAGUCCAAGAGUGGCUGGAUCAGCACAAGCACAGCAUCCCGCCACGACGUGGCCGACCCCACCAUUUUGCGCAGCCGACCUUUGACCUCGCUUUCACACCUUGUACCUAUCCCGCCACCUUGAACUACUCCUCAAUACUACAAUACCUUCACGAUGACGCACACAGCCGAGCUUCAUUCUCCGUCGCCACACGUGGAGCGGCCUAAAGGCAUUCUCAAGAACAGCUCUUACCAGCGAUCAACUUCGCAGACCUCUCCCACUAGCGACGCGCCUCCUCUGCAACCUGUCUUUUCUGGUGCGCGGCCAGAUCUGUCUCGGGAACUAUCUGAGAAGGAGAUCGUGCUCGAGAACACUCUAAAGAAUGCUGGUGCCGCCGCGCACCGGCGCUCCUCCUCCAACCCUCGUGGCGCAACUUCUCGCCGUCAAUCAGGCACUGUAGGCGCAGAGGCCGACGAGAAUAGUCCCCGGCUGAAAUGGGACGAGGCAAACCUAUACUUGACGGAGCAAGAGCGGGACAGCACGAUGAAGAUCACCGAGCCAAAGACGCCGUACGCGAGGCAGUACGAGCCGUCAGAGGACGAGGAGGAGCUGCAGACUCUGAACGCUGAAGAUCUUGUGGUCGACGAGCUAGACAGGGCGAAGGUUCAGAAGAAGCCGAGAAUGGACGAUAUCCCCGAUUUCGACCUAGGAGAACCAGAACUUGAGGCCGGAAAUUCCCACACUCCCGAUAGCGAAAAGCGAGUCAUUGUGGAUGUCGAUCCGAAUGGCGAAGGAGAAAGUGGUCAUCACGGCGAAGAGCCUCUACAUAUGACUCCAGAAGAACUGGAGAAACAUCGCAAGUUCGAGGCGCUGCGACGCAAGCACUACGAAAUGAAGAACGUCAAGAACCUCCUCGGGUACGUAUGGGUAUUACUUUGCGCCGUAGAAAGCGUGCUAACAACAUACUCACAGUCAUCCGGAAGACUUGGACGACGAGGACGACGGCUCAUCAGCAGUACCUCCGCCAGUCGCGCUUCCUAACGGAGCAUGAACUUUUCCGUCCCACUUUGCCUUUUCUUUAUGUUCGGUUGGGCCGAAGCCUCGCUCGUUCACAGCCCAUAGCGAAGAUUCAAA